AUGGGUAACUCUACAGGAUCCACCGUGGAAGAUCUCCAGGCUGUGGAGAAGCACCUCUGGUAUAAGAAGUUCAUGACCGAGUGUCCUUCGGGUCAGCUCACCCUGCAUGAGUUCAAGCAGUUCUUUGGGCUCCGGGGACUGGAUGCUGAGGCCAACGCCUACAUCGAGCAGAUGUUCCGCACGUUCGAUAUGAACAAGGAUGGCUACAUAGACUUCUUGGAGUAUGUGGCUGCUCUGAGCCUGGUGAUGCGGGGUAAAAUGGAACAUAAGCUCCGCUGGUACUUUAAGCUGUAUGAUGUGGACGGCAACGGGUGCAUUGAUCGAAGUGAGCUGCUAAACAUCAUAAAGGCUAUCCGUGCAAUCAAUGGGAAUGAAAACCAGGAAGUUGAUGCGGAGGAGUUCACCAACCGGGUGUUUGAUAAGAUAGAUGUCAACGGAGAUGGGGAGCUGUCUUUGGAGGAGUUUGUGGCGGGGGCUCACACUGACGAAGACUUCAUGGAAGUGAUGAUGAAGACCUUGGAUCUCACCCACAUAGUCGCCAUGAUCCACAAUCGGAGGCACAGUGUUUAG